CUCCAUUCAGUUAACCAAUCAACGAGGCCGCCCGGCCCCCAACGUUAGACGCCUUCUCUUCUUGGCCCAUCAGGGUUUAUCAAUAUUACUGCACUUCACCACGUCGGGUGCCACUCGCUCAGGUAGACGGGACGUACCGCAGAAGAGUCUCCUCUUCAGACCUGCAGCCACCUUGCAGUCCACGAUGGCAGUGAAUGGUACCGCACACAUCUUGAGCUCUGCCUACCUUGCAGUGGAAUACAUAGAUGCGGUGCUACCAGAAAACCCCCUCCAGCCCUCUUUGAAACAGGCCUGGAACUACAUGUUGGACAACUACACCAAGUUCCAGAUUGCCACCUGGGGUUCUCUCAUCAUGCAUGAGUUCCUCUUUGUCCUCUUCUGCCUGCCGGGUUUCCUCUUCCAGUUCAUGCCCUUCAUGCAGAAAUACAAGAUCCAACAGGACAAGCCAGAGACCUGGGAGAAACAGUGGAAAUGUUUCAAGGUGCUGAUAUUCAACCAUUUCUGUAUCCAGCUACCUUUGAUCUGUGGGACUUACUACUUCACUGAGUUCUUCAGCAUCCCUUAUGAUUGGGACUCCAUGCCACGCUGGUCAUACCUCCUGGCUCAGUGCUUUGGUUGUGCUGUUGUUGAGGACACCUGGCACUACUUUGUCCAUCGCCUGUUGCAUCAUCGCAGGAUCUACAAAUACAUUCACAAAGUCCACCAUGAAUUCACCGCUCCGUUUGGCAUGCAAGCAGAAUACGCCCAUCCUGCUGAGACUCUCAUCCUGGGCACUGGUUUCUUCAUCGGCAUCAUAAUCUCCUGUAACCAUGUGUUCUUCCUCUGGGCCUGGUUGGCUUUCCGCCUACUGGAGACCAUAGAUGUCCACAGCGGUUAUUACAUCCCUCUGAACCCGCUCCACCUCAUCCCAUUCUAUGCCGGUUCUCAUUUCCACGACUUCCACCACAUGAACUUUACUGGAAACUACGCCUCCACCUUCACCUGGUGGGACAAGCUACUGAAAACAGAUGACCAGUACAACAAGUACAUGCAGAAAGAGGAAGACAAGAAGGAACAUUAAAGUUCACACUAACACAUCUGGUUUGUCAGGAGGAGAGAAGAUGGUCUCACGGUGAGCACACAGAGUGUCUGCGUGCCUCUUAAAAAUGCACACACUAAAGGUGUCUUUUAAGUGAACCAGCACUUCUUUAGUUUGAUUCCAGAUCAGUUUGUUGACUCCAGGCUCCCCUCUGUGCCUUUCUGCAAAAUAAGUGUUGUUGUAUGCCUCUGACAACAGCUGAAUAACAAAAAAAACAUCAAAAACAUUUUGAUUUGUCUUUAUGAUCAGUUACUUUGCUUGGCCUUUGAAUGGGGAAAAGGCUGUACCAUGGUUUUCUUGUGACACUCUUGUGUAUGCCUCUGAAUGUCUCAGCACUUUAGCACUUCCUCUUGAAGUUAAACUGAGUCACAGUCACACUGUUUUUACUCUGUUAAGAUGCAGUUCAGUGGAAACUGUCUAAUCUCAGUGGCAACUUCUGAAAGAAGUCAGCCGUGUUUGAUGCAAAUCCAUGUAAAUGUUUGAGAAAAGGGGGCUGGUUCAUACAGAACAAUUUAGACUGAUGAUAAAUGGUUUUAAUUUUUACAAAAAUGAAGCCUUGAAGCUGCUUUGUUUUUCUCUUUUUGCCAUAUUAGAAUAACAUUUGAACAGGAAUUUGGGUUUGUUGAGCUGCUUUAUUGAUUGAAUGUGAUCAGAUCAUGACACAUUCAGUGUAGCACUGUAUUAUAUAAUUAUAUUAUAUAUAAUUGAUAUUGGUCAAAUUAUUUUCAUUUUAUAUUAUUCUUCAAGCUUCAUAUUUGUAAUAAUUUCUCCAAUUAUGUUGUGGAAUACUUCUGAUAUGCCUCAAGUACUGUUACAGGACAGAACAUAGCUGGACUUGGCUGCUGUUUGGGGAUAAAGAAAUGCAUCUCUACAGAAAUACCUAGCUGCUUUGUUCUUCUCUUUUUGCCACAUUAGAAUAAAAUAUUUGAA